UAAAUACGCAUGUAUAAAUGAUCUAGUCAUUUUAAAUUAUUAUUAACCAAAUGGAGUGUCCGCUUUAUAUUCAUAUCACUCUGAAUGUUUGAUAUGACAGUGUAUUAUCUCAGAUAUUUCAAAAUACUCGUCAUUUUAAUGAUACUCAAACACUAUUUUGUUUGAAACAGUGAAAGCGAGUUCUUGCUGUGAUAUCAAUUCAAGGCACUUGGCGGGUUGGUGGUUUUUUUAAUUGUUCUUACUUUGUUUUCUCGUACCAUGACGUCCGGUUUAUCUAUCUUGACUAACUAGGUUUUAUCACCCUAUUAUAGUGCAUCGGCAGUUAUUCUCCAUAGUUUACAAGGCGGAAAACCAGCAUGAGUACUUAAUAGCCUUCUGACGAACUAAUUAAAACCAGAUAGUUUCGGCGAGACUAUAAUUAUAAAGACCUUCCCACAUUACUGAAACCUACAUAUAAAACUCCUUCAGAAUAAUAGGGUAGAAAUAGGGUUAUUAAUUAGUUUGGGAUGGUGGGAAUGGGAGUUUGGGUUAGAUAUAGGUGUUACUAUUUACGUUCCUGGUUUUCAUUACUGAGAUCACCUUUGGUGCCAAAAUGCUAAUUAGUCAUCCGGAUAAAUUAAGCCUGCGUCAAAGCUUGGAACCCGCUGUCUGAUAUCUGAUCUGGUUGUCUAAAAGUUAUAACCUCAUUAAUGAUUCCUUUACUCUCUCAGUUGAUUAUUACGGUAUGGUUCCAGGUCUUUAGCGUUGUGAUGGCUGUUUGUUGGUAACCUUAAGAAGCAUCAGCUCUAGAAAACUCAGUUUAGAAAGCUAACCCACAAAUUAUCAGGCAACUUACAGAUUCGGUACGAAGACCGUGUUGUACGUAAACACUCAACUAACGAAUUUGUUUUGAAUCAUUGUCUUCUGUUGCUAUUCAGCGUUCUUGUUAGAAACUUCCGCACUGUUCCCCUCCGCAACGUGGGUUAAACGUAUGCAUCUAGGUAAUCAAUCAAUUUAAGGUGCCGCCUCGUAUAAAUUUGCGCAUAAUUAAGAGUGUAGUUUUAAUCCGAUUGUAUGUUAUGAUUAGCCAAUUGAAGAAUAGCUAUAUUUGGUUACUAGAAUGCUACGACGCAAUAUGACAGUAAACACGGCAUGAUACGUAAGCUAAAUCACAAGGAACACUUACCGAUGCAAAUUGUUUAUUAAAGUAUUUGAUUCGAAUCAUUGUAACCAGAUAGCAUUUCUCUCACCUUAAUUCCUGUCUCUAAAUUCGUCCCGAUUUUUUAUAAGUUUGCGAACAAAUGGGUUGAGAAGCAUCAUUGCAUUAUAGCUUAUGUCAGUUCUGGAUGUGGACUUUUAUCCUAAUCCGUAAUCUUGACAUACAACCCUAACAUCCAACCCAAACCCUUAUACAUCAUAGCUGAUGUUAAAUGAUGACAUGGUUAUAACCCUGAUUCGAAACACUUCUUAGACUUCUAGUGUGUAAAUUCAACCUUUUUCUUCUACUAUAAUGAAUAACUUAACAUGUGAAGAGUAAUCUAUCAUUCCAAAACCACUAUUCCACUUAUUCUAUUGCUUUUUACCGUUAAUCGUCUUAUAACUCGGCGGCGUUUUCCGAGUGGCUGGUUAGUCGCUAAGGGUCGUCGGUAUAGUCCACUCUUACCUAACUUGAUAUUCACUCGUUCCAGCGAGUCCGCUCCUUUAGGACAAAGGCUUUCCCUAUUACUCAAGAUAUACCGACCUGUAAAUAAAUCUAUUCGCCUGGAUCAGUGCGGUGAAGUCUUAAGACUACCCACAUCGAAUAAUGAAAGACAUGGAACUGUAACUAAACAUCAAGACGUAAGUGCCAAUAAAUUAAUUGAUUUGGAUUAGGUCGCCAAAACGAUAAGUUGGUUACAGUGUGUUUAUCGCAUUUGGGGCUUAGGCCCGAAUUCACAAGUAAAGCGUACAGGGAUAACCGGAUUUCCGAGACAAUUUUACACAUUUUGUUACUUUGGCUAUCACUGGUAAGAUUAUGAUCCUUCCGGUGUAAAUAACUUUCAUUUACCAUCCUUGGUAGGAAGUAGACGAAACAGUCGCCCACACCAUUGACUUUCUACUAACAUUUUAACUAGUCUCAGCACAAUGUGGGAAAAAUUAACAGCUACUGUUAGACAUUGCUACCAGUGCAUGAAAGAAAUCUGCACAGGACUGACUUCUGUUGCCUUUCACAACUCAGGUUGGGGCCCCGGACAAGAUACGACUCAGCGGUUUGGGACAUUAUCCGACGCUGUUCGGAAUAGAAGCCAGUGGGGGUCCUUACAUGAUCAUUUUUUACUUUGCAAAAGUGAGAGGAACUAUAAAUGAAAGAAAAACCAGACGAAGACGCCACAGAGUCCUCUGAUCAACGCACAGUAAACAUGCUUUUCAGGGCAACAGAUGAAGAUCGAACUUGUAGUAUUUCACUAGUCUUGGAUAGACAACAGACAUCUAUGUUGAGACUUUCUAAGGAUAUAGUCAACCCUAUCUGUUGUCCGAUCUGCAUUAGUGUGGGAAAGUUGAGGGAGGCCAGUUCGAAUGGCAUACGUGGUUUCAGAAAGGCUGGUUCGGAAUUCUUAGUGAUAGCAUUCAACUUUCGACCAGUCAGUGACUUGAAAACCAUAGGUGACCUGCUUUGAGUUGCAAAAUAAAGCAACGGACAAGUGACUCAAUGUAAAGUAAAAAUGAGUAUUAACAAGUAGUCUUGAGUAUGACUUGCGAAAUUGAGAAUUAAAGCGCGAAUGGUUUUUCUGAUUGUGGUCAGAAGACUGCAUUGUGUCAGCAUCAAACAGAACUAUAUUAUCGAGGUAUUCCAAGUCAACAAGUGAAUCUCUCGAUAGGAAAACUCCUGAAAAGAUUGGUCAUGUCAGUUGAGUUACCUGAAGCUAAAGCUGAUACUCUCCAAGAAGUCUUCUCAGACAAGUUCCAGUAUAUCAAUCUAGAUCAUUAUAAUAUUUAUCAUUUCGAGGAAAUUUUGAUUGAUGGUCGACGAUAUCAAUUCCGAUUAUCUUCAAAAGGUGAUUUAAUGACAGUGGUCACUCAUAUAGCUGGAAGAGCUGUUCUUUUGGUAUCUGUAUGGACAAAUAUGGAUUAUGAGAAACGUUUACGUGAAAUCCAUCAGCACAUUUUAGAAAUGGAACGUACUGGGACUAUUCCUAUCGAUUUUCGAGACCCAGGAAAAUUGAAAGGUCUUCGUGAGAAAAUAUUCAGAUAGAUCUAGUCAACCAAACCUAUUGAUCCGUUACAUUUGAUGAGGUAUGCUUGGUCGAGGAGGUGGAGGAAAUGAACAAACAGUAUCAUGA